GCCCGGGCGGGCGGUGGGCAGGGCUGUGCUGCUCCCCGUCACCGCCGGACCCGCGCUGCCCACCCCGGCAGACUUUCCACCUGCUCCUGCGCGCUCCCAUCCCCUGCACCCACCGUGCUCUGCCGGCAAAUCGUGCGGGCCCGCCGGAGGGGCGCCCAGCCCACCCCCGGCAGCCGGGCUGGGGGUCCCUUGCUGCCCUGCUGACACCGGGGCCAGGCAUGGCGGCCCCAGGGUGGCCUGGGGUGGGGACGCGUUGUGCCACCGGGGAGCACUGAGGACAUGACUGAGGACAAGGGCCGGGGGGCGCCUGCAGCGCUGGGCGCCGGGCGGGUGCCGGGCCCCGGGGCAGCUCACGGGUCUGUGCAGCGGCUGGGAAGGCCCUGCUGCCUCCUUCCCUCCUCGUGGUCCCUUCUUCCCACCAUUCCUCCCUCUCUGCACCAUCCCUCUAUCCAUUUCUCCAUCCUUCCGUCCAUCUCUCCCUCUCUCCGCGGCCCUUUCUUCUCCCCGCCCUCCCUCCCUCCCCUGCCCCCUGCGCUCCGAGCGGCCCCGUGAAGCGCGGCAGGGCGGCCGGGGGCGGGCACGGCUGCUCAGCCCCGGGGCCGCUGCCGCUGGAUGGUUCCGCGGGGCGUCCUCCGGGUCCUGACCCUGGCCCUGGCGGCCGCCCUGGCCGCUCUGGGCUCGCUCCUCCUGAUCGCCUGGAAGCUGUACUUACGCGGGACCGACACCGACCGGGACGGCUGGUGGGAGCGGGAGCUGCGGGAGCUGCAGGACGGAGCUCCCCACGGCGACACACUGGACUGGCGGCAGGUCCUGGUGCUGGGGCUGGACGGGGCGGGGAAGAGCAGCGUCCUGCACUACAUCUGCAGCCAGACAGCCCGGGAGCGCAUGGCACCCACCCUCGGCUUCAACUCUGCCCAGCUCUGCAUCGGGGGGCUGGAGAUCGACCUGCUGGAGGUGGGUGGCAGCCAGAACCCGCGAUCGUACUGGCCCCUCUACCUGGGCCAGGCCCACGUGCUGGUGUUCGUGGUGGACUCAGUGGACAGGCCACGCCUGCUGACAGCACGCCAGGAGCUGCACACACUGCUGGCCAUGGAGCCCCGGCUGCCCCUGGUUGUGCUGGCCAACAAGCAGGACAAGAGCGACGCCCUGAGCGUGGCAGAGCUGUGGGAGGAGCUGGCCCUGCACACGCUCAGCGAACAGCGAGAGGUCUUCCUCCUGCCCACCAGUGCGACCUGGGCCAGCCUGAGCACUGACACCAGCAUCCUCCAUGUGAAGAACCUGCUGGUCACUCUGCUCUCCCGGCCCUGAGCCUGUGCAAGGAGCAGAUAGGCUCCCACCCCCAGCAUGGCUCCUCUUCGGGGUCUGUGGCAGGAAGAUGGAGGCAGCUGAGUGGCUGCAGCUGGAGCUCAGACUUGCUGGUAGCCAGCUGCCAGUCCUGGGGUGUUUGCUGCACCCCACGAGGUUUGGGGUUGAGCUGCACCAUGGCUGCCCCCAGGGAACACAAGCAGCAGACUCUGCUCUCUGUCAUGGGGAGAGGGCAGCUGCCUCUCCCACUUCAGAGAUGAAAUUUCCCUUGGGAUGGAGGUACAAGCAUGGCUCUUACCUCCUGAUGAGGGGGAACAUACAGCAUAGGCCAGGGCCCCACACCUUCAUAGCAGCCCUGCCAUUAAAAGAAUGGGGCUGAGCAAGCAAGAUAGCCCUCUGAGCCACUGGACAGGUCAUCCCAGGAGGUGGGAUCCCUCCUGAAAAGAUGAGGAGUUACUGCUGGCACAGCCCUGCACUGCAGCCCUGCCCACACGGCGUGCACCAGUGGAAAUAACCAGCUCAGACUGUCCCUCAUCAGGGCUGAGCACAGCUCUCAGCUCCCCAGCUCUAUUAAAGCCCUGUUUAGGACAGAUGAAGGCAGGUGUGGGGCAGCCCUGCACUGCCCCAUCAUCCUGAAUGAACGGGCUGUUUGGCAGGAGCUGUGCUCAGCAGGCAUUUGCCCCCCUGCCCAGUCUCCUUCCCUCUCAGCUGCCCCAGGGAGAAGGGGAAGGUGCCAGGAUCUGCAGGAUGCCCUGCCUGUGGGCAGGAGGCUGCUGGGUCAGCCCACAGGGCACUGGGUCCUGGAAAACCAAUCAGGGAAGCUGGGGAGCACACUGGGGAAAGGGAGUAGCACCAGCUGGUUUCUGCUGCAAAACCUUCUGUACAGUCACCCUUUCCCUUUGUAAAUAAAAGAGGCUGAUCACUC